AUGGAUGACAUCUAUGCUUUUGAUACAAUAUAUGUGGAGCUGGAUGCGUACUUCAAAAAGAAACAAGCUUCCCGAUGCAAAGACGAAUUUCUCAAUAUUCUAUGUGAAGAAGACGAUUACGAGGCAAUAGAUGAUGCCCAAACUGAAAAUGAUGCUCAAACUGGAAACGAUGCUCAAACUGGAAUCACUAAAGAAGAAUCAGAUGAAGAUUAUCUGGAAGGUAGUAACGAGGAAGGUAGUGAUGAGGAAUUUGAGUAUUCCACCCAUAAUCCAAAGGUGAAAUGGAACAAAAUGAGACCAAUUCUUGGUGAAAGGUAUGAAUCCCCACAUGAACUGAAAUUGUGUUUGAUCAACUAUGCUGUUAGUAAGGGUUUUCAAAUCCGUUUCAAAAAAUGUGAUGGUGUUAGACUAGUGGCAAUAUGUGGAAGUGAUCUAGAGAAGUGUCCAUUUGUGGUUAGGGCUUCUUGGAUGACUACUGAAAGGUCUUUCCAAGUCAAAAAGAUGAUAGACAUUCAUAAAUGUGUUAGGAAUUUUAACAAUUCAAGGCUUAUGGAUCCUACCUGGUCAGCUAGGAAAUUUGUGAAGGAGUUGAUUAGGAAACCUAACUUAAAAUGCAAAGAGAUGCAGUGUUAUAGAUCAAGGAUGAGGGCACUGUCAUUAAUUCAUGGGAAUUUGAGUAACCACUACGCAAGAGUUUGGGAUUAUGGGCAUGAGCUACUGAGGUCCAAUCCAGACAGCACAGUUAGGAUUACAGUUACUGUAAACCCUGAUAAUACCACAACAUUUCAUAGAUUCUACAUUUGCUUUAAAGCAAUAAGAGAGGGGUGGAAAAGGGCAUGUCGUAGGGUAAUAGGAUUGGAUGGUUCUUUUUUGAAGGGACAGUGUAAGAGUGAAUUGUUAACUGCAAUAGGUAAGGAUGCCAAUAAUCAGGUGUAUCCUAUAGCUUGGGCAGUUGUUGAUGUAGAGAAUAAGAACAAUUGGAAAUGGUUCUUGGAUUUGGUUAAUGAUGAUCUUGGAUUACAGGGUGGAAAGGGUGUGUGUGUAAUCAGUGACCAACACAAGGGUCUUGUUGAAGCUAGUAAGGAAAUUCUACCAUAUGUUGAGCACAGGCAAUGUGCAAGGCAUAUCUAUGCCAAUUUCAGAAAAGUUUAUAAUGGAGUGUAG